AUGUUUAUUUUUCUUCAUUACCUGAAAGGAACACCAUUUCAGACAGCGGAUCAAGGCAAGGCGAGAAGACUUACUCACUGGGAACAGCUCAACCAUGGCGAACAAUUUACAGAAACAAGAAAGUUCUUCACACUUGUGCCUAUCUUCCUGUAAGUUUCUAUACCAAUCUUGCUAAAAGAGCUUCCUGUUUCUUGAAAACCUUUCCUUAUAUAUCUAAAUAAUAAUAUUAUUGUAGAGUUUGUUAUUGUGAUUUGACUAUUUUAUCAGAAUUGGGAUAAAGUGGCUGCCCAGCUUUGGCAGUAGUGUGUCCUACUUUAGAUGUCUGUGGCAAGUUAAUUAAGUACAACAAAAAUGUGUUGAAAUAAUAGCAAUGAUUCUUUUGCAAAUCACUUCAAAGCCAUUCCCCUUUAUCACUCUGUACUUUGUUUUGCUUUUUUACAUACAAUCAUCUGUCACAGUGUAGGAUUAUAUCUGUUUAUGUGAGUGUGAGAAUGUAAAGGGUGAUAAACACCCACCGCAUGUGCCACUCAGUAGUUUUCAAAAACACGGAAGGAUUCCUUGUAGCAAUGUAGUAAUGUCAAAACCAUUCCUCUCCCCUUCCUUUUAUAGUCAGUAAUAAUUAUUGCUGCCGCACGGGCAAGCCCGAAGCAAGUAAGCAAGGCAACAGACAUAAUCCAUCACAAAGAAAAAAAUUUAAAUUUCUACCCACGAUGCAUGUGAAUUUCUUAACCACAAUGCAACAGUUUAUUACCACAAUUUCUUGCACGCCCAUUACCUUUAUAUACCAAACUUUGGUGCAUGAAGUUGGUUGAGGUUGGUUGAAUCCUCUUUGUGAUGAAUUUUUCUUUUACAUUGUGUUAUCAUAGAGCAUUUUCACAACCUUUACAGCAGCUUCUGGUAACUGUUUAUAUCUUUUCUUCAUUGUAUAGUAAGAUAUUAUCAGAGAAAUAAAUGAUCCAAUUUUGUUGGAAAUGUAAAUGGAACGCUUCAGUCCAGUUGGAAAUUUCUUUUGAUUGAAAAAUGUUGUUUCAUUAAUGUUUUGUUGCCUUUUAAAAGGCGUUGUUCUCCUCUUAAAAACUCAUCCUUCACAUUAAAAUUUGGUCUAUUUUAUUGCAACCACCAUGUCCAAUAUGAACAAUCAAAACAGCCUGAAAGAUUACUAUAUCUAUAAACUUCUUUGAACCAUCGACCAACAAAACUUACAGUGUGGAACACCAUGCAGUGUGAUGGGAUGCGUAGAACAGAUCUUUGAUUGUGACAUCACAAAAUAAAAGAGUGAUAUUGCACAUGCCUCAAAUCUGAGGUCCAUUAGUAAAAUCGAAAAGUACAUUGUAAUUAUUGUUUAUGUCUCUUUCGAUACACAAUUUUCAAUAAAAACGUUUCAUUGACACCAAGGCAGCUUUUAUCUAUUAGGUACACUAGUUUAAUAUUAAUUAUCGAUAGUUAUUAUGGAUACAUUAACUUGCCCUGGUAUUUUUAUUCUUGCAGAAGAAGUAGUGUGUUGUAAUAAAUUAUAGCUUGUUCAUUGGUACUCCUCCAUGGAACUCAACUUUUGUUUGUUUGCAUAAUUUUCAGGUUUAUGGUGACAAGUUUCUACACUAAAUAUGAUGGAAUUCAUUUUGUUUUCAAUGCACUGUCACUUCUUGGACUCUCCUUGGUACCCAAGUUUCCACAGAUGUACAAAGUUAGACUCUUUGGCCUAAACAAAUACUAA